AGCAAAACACCAAGAAAUUCAAAUCCCACAAAAAAUAUGAUUUCAAGAAAACACAGAACCCUCGAAGAGGCCACGAAGAUGGCGAUGGCGAUGCACACCCCAAUUUCUUCUGUCAAAUCAUCGCUCACAGUCGACAGCAGCAGCACUCCAUCAGAAAGCCGAGAUCUUUUCUAUUUCCCAGGCUGCAAGAAAGAUGCCAACUGCAAGUGCGAGAUCUGCAUCGCCAGCAUCAACGCGACUCUCGACUUGAUGCCACAGAGCUCGAACCGAAGCUCGUUCAGAAAAUCCUACGCCCCACGCACCUUCACUCCAAGAAGCCCCAUUUAUUUCAACUCUUUCUCGGCCAAUCUCUCCACACCUAAAUCAAGUGCUCGGACGAUGACACCUGUGGUGGCCUCUCCGCCUCCCAGUUCGAUUGAAACAAUCAGUCGGCACAAGGAGGAGAAGAGGAGAAAGGAUGAUUUGGGAUCUGGGGUGUUUUCCUUGAGAAUAUUAUGGUGUUUAAGUUUAAUCCUUGUUUUAGGGGCGGAGUACGGGGCUUCUUGGGUGGUCUCUGGGGUUGCGAGGGCUAGGUUAUCCCCGGAUUUCGUCAACAAUUUGGGACUGAAAUCCGGGGGUUUUGAAAAUUUGAGUGGUAGAUUUGUGUUCUUGAAGAAUGAGUUGGAAGGGUUGGUUGGUGGAGAUGUCUCAAGCUGUAGCUCUGUUGAUCAUUCCUUGUGGAGAAUCAAUCAGGAUGGAAGGCUGCUAACCUCGCGAUGUGUGCUCUACAAAUCGAUUAUCGAGGAAGUAAGCAUUUGGGGCUGGCCGCUGCAGACUGCUGGAUUGCUUUCAGCUGAGUAUUCAAAAAGAUCAUACACAGUCAUAACAGGAAGAGUUAGAGAGUGGUCAAAUGGGGGUGCUGAGUAUCUGGUUCGGGAAGCUGGUAACAGUUCAUGGACGCAGCAAAAAUGGAGUACCUCGGUGGUGCAGCUCGAGUCGAACACAUGGAUCCUCGAGUACAGAAGGAGCUUCAUUGGGCACAACCCAAAGUUGGUCUCAGCUGCAGUGGAGUUCUUGAGAUUCAAGCUCACAAGCCAGUUCAAGAAGAUGAAGAGAGAGUUUUGGUUGGCACCUGCAUUCGGCAGCCAAAAUUCUGCAUUCGGCAGCUCACGAGGGCGCAUUGCCCCUCCUACAUGAGAUAUUUAGUCAUCUCUUCUCAAUCCUCAUGAGAAGCUCUUCAUGUUUAGAAAUUUUAGUUUAUGGUGCUAUAUAAUGAUGUAGUAGUAAUAUGUAGACACAACAAAUUUUUUGCAAUAUUAAAGAAGUGACCAUAAUUAUUUUCA